AUGACAAAGGUUGAGUUUGAAACAGUUAGAAAGAUAGACAAUGACACCAAAAUGGUUAGAAUAGGUGAUUUAAACGUAAGAUACUCAAAGAAAUACAACAAAUAUUCUUUGUCAGACAUUUUAUCUCCAUCUGGAAAGAAAACAUACCAUUGGGUUGGAAUUGCUUCAACUCAGAAAAUUUUGACAAGAAAUCCUGAGCUUAUGAUAUCGGUAAGAUUCUAUGGAACUACAGCAUAUCUUAUAGACAAAAGUCUUAUACCAAUAGUUUUGUUAUGGUUAGACCCAGUUGUUGGAUAUAACUUCAUAACAUAUGGUUCAUUCGAUACGGAACGUUGCAGUGAAGGCUUACUUUACAUCGUUCAGAAACCGAAGGACUUCAAUACAAAGAGAUAUAAGAUAGGAAGAACAUAUAAUAUAACUCAAAGAUAUGACAGUACAGUCAAUAGAGUCAAGGUUGUGUUUGUUAACGAUAUGAGAGCU